CCAUCUCAAACAAGCUUAAACGCACUACUACUUCUUGAGCCUUUUCCACUCCACAAAACAAAAUGGCUCCAAGAACCUCCCUUGCACUCUUCCUUUCUCUCAACCUCCUCUUCUUCACUUUCACCUCUGCGACCACAGGUACUUGUCCUAGAGACGCCCUCAAGAUCGGUGUUUGCGUCAGUGUGCUCAACAUAGUGGACCUAACAUUGGGAAACCCACCCGUACAGCCAUGCUGCUCUCUCAUCCAAGGCUUAGCUGACCUUGAGGCUGCUGUCUGCCUUUGCACUGCUCUCAAGGCUAGCGUUCUUGGAAUCAACCUUAACCUUCCCAUCAACCUCAGCGUUCUCCUCAAUGUUUGCGGUAGAAAAGCUCCAACCAACUUCCAGUGCGCUUAAGUUAAAAAUGAAGUUAUGGCA